AAAUUAUUAUCAAACAUGCAAUCCACUGAUUCAUUGAGAGAAUUAAAUGCCAAGCUCCUAGCUGAAAUCGCCAAACUUAGAAAAGAGAAUGCUGAGAUUCCUGAACUUAGAGAGAAGUUACUAAGAUUUGCUGAGGUUGAGGCUGAGAACGCGAAGCUAAGGCAAAUUAUUGAAGAGAAUGCAAGGCGUGAUUCUGAGAAUGCUGAACUCAAGUCUAGAGUCAGAGAGCUUAAGGCUAGACUUGCAUUAUUAGAACAGAGUUCAGCAAAAAUAGAUUUAAGACCUGAAUUUGUUGUACCAGUACAAUCUGCAAUGCCUCAAAUAGUACAUCUGCAAAUUGAAUAUAGCAUAAUAUUACAAAAAUUUAUGCCUGCGAAAUACUCCGUAAAUUUACAUGACCUUUGA